AUGCCUCUUGGGCUGGACGACGAUGAACUCGAAGCCUUCAUCGGCAUAUACAAAAUGAGACCAAAUUCAGAGAUCAAGGACACACGUCCCCCACAACGGCAAAGACCCGACAGAGAUUCUUGCCUCUCAUUGGCGACAGGGCCGUCGACUCGACAUGAUCUGUCGUGUGGUCGAGGAAGGGAGCAAAAAGAGAAAGAGUUACAGCAUCCCAGUCCAGUCGAAGAAGAAAGAUCCGACAGUCUCUUUAGUUCGCCUGUAACGGCCUCGCCCCGGACGAAAGCAACUAUCCACAGUCUGAGGGAGGGCAAAGGCGACACCAAGCGCUAUAGUUUUCUACACUGGUAUGACGAAGCGCAACAGGAGCCUCGAAGACUGACCCACAGCGCUUCUCUCCCUCCUAUCUCAUCUCUUCAAUACCAGCCAACACCUGCAAGAAGUACUUUAUGGGGGCAGUUCAGUUGGGCGGGCGAAUUCGAGAAGGAGCUGCGAGAUAUCGAAGUCCAACUCACCCGCAAGACCAAGGCGAGAUCGGCUGCUAAGUCUUCCCAUGUUCGGAGUCAGUCGGCCACUUCAUCAACGAGCUCUUCGCAGUCUCAAACUCAGAAAGGGACCUUGAGUUUCUGGAAAGUGAAGAAGGACGCGCAUUUGCAGGGGACGACUUCGUCAUCCACCAAUACGGAUGAUGGCGUCGGUGCUGCAGAACAAUCUGCCCUCAGUGCCGCUGUUCCACCGAGACAUACAAGCACAGAAAAACGAUCGUCGACUCGCUUCGAUUGGUUAGUGAAGCAUUCUGCAGGGUUGUGGUAG